UGACUAAAUACAAUUAAUAUAUAGCUUAUAUUAAUUUAGAUAACAAAUUAUUGUAACAAAUUUCAUAUAAUUACAUCUUGUCUUCUAAUAAAUUUAUGGUUUUCUAGAAUGCUUUGAUACAUAUAUUACUUUAUAAAAUAUAUUAUUUAUCAACAUUUAAGUCAGACACUCUAAUCAUAUGAAUUUUCGCACCUUUAAUUUUAAUUGAAAUACAAAAACAAUGUUUAUAAAUUAUCGUUGUUUCCCGCCACUGUCGUUGAGCGCUGCGAGCGCUACUUAACGGCCAAUGGCGGCUUUCGCUAGAAUUUUUGUAAUUUGCCGCAAGCGAAAGGCGGUUGCGAGUAUCAUGCGGUGUUAAUUGUCGGUUUCUGCGUUUCUGCGAAGAACGAGCAAGUAAUAAAAGAAAAAUACAGAAUUGAAGAGUAGCUACUGUCCGUCAUCGCCGGCAUGGAGCUCAGUAACGACAAUAUAUUGACGCUCAGCGAAUAUCUGAACCAAACUCUCAGUCCAGACGUCCAGGUUAGACGUCCAGCUGAGAAAUUUUUGGAGUCGGUGGAAGUGAAUAAGAACUAUCCAUUAUUGCUGCUUCAUUUAGUAGAUAAAUCUGACGUUAACAUAACGAUUAGGAUCGCUGGUGCAGUUGCCUUUAAGAAUUAUGUUAAGCGUAAUUGGAAAGUGGAGGAGGACUCGACGGAUCGCAUACACGACGAGGACAGAACGGCGAUCAAGAAGCUGAUCGUCACGCUAAUGUUACACUCGCCGGAAUCCAUACAGAAACAACUGUCAGACGCCGUGUCAAUUAUUGGGAAGCACGACUUCCCGAAUAAAUGGCCCGACUUGAUAGAUCAGAUGGUGGAGAAGUUCAAUACCGGUGAUUUCUAUAUAAUUAACGGAGUUUUGUACACCGCACAUUCCUUGUUUAAGAAGUAUAGGUACGAAUUUAAAAGCGAGGUCCUGUGGACGGAGAUCAAGUUUGUGCUAGACAAGUUUGCGAAGCCCCUGACGGAUUUAUUUUUAGCUACAAUGAAUUUAACGCAAGUACAUGCGAAUAACGUAGAAGCCUUAAAAGUUAUAUACAAUUCGUUAGUGACAAUAUGUAAAGUGUUUUAUUCUCUUAAUUUUCAAGAUCUGCCGGAAUACUUCGAGGACAAUAUGGAGCCCUGGAUGAAAAACUUUCAUACUUUGUUAAACAUCGAGGUGCCCUCCCUGCAGACUACGGAUGAGGAAGAAGCGGGUGUAAUAGAACAAUUGAAAUCUCAAGUGUGCGACAAUAUUAGUCUGUAUGCACAGAAGUACAAUGAGGAGUUCCAGGGAAUUUUACCCGAAUUUGUUACGGCGAUUUGGAAUUUACUCACGUCCACUGGACAACAAUCCAAAUACGAUGCUCUGGUCUCAAAUGCGUUACAAUUUUUGGCUACAGUAGCGGAUCGAGCGCAAUACAGACAUUUAUUCGAAGACCCGACAGUUCUUAGCAACAUUUGCGAGAAAGUUAUUAUCCCCAAUAUGGAAUUUAGAGAAUCGGACAAAGAAUUAUUUGAGAGUAAUCCUGAGGAGUACAUCAGACGAGAUAUCGAAGGCAGUGAUGUGGACACCAGAAAACGUGCCGCGUGUGAUUUAGUAAAAGUGUUGUUUAAAUACUUCGAGGUGAAAGUUACAGAAAUUUUAGGGCCGUAUACACAGAUAAUGUUACAAAAUUAUGCCGAAAACCCCGUGAAGCACUGGCGUAGCAAGGACGCCGCUAUCUACCUCGUUAUUAGUUGCGCGAGCAAAGCGCAGACACAGAAACACGGUGUCACUCAGAGCAGCGAGCUCGUCUCGCUGCCGCAAUUUACUCAACAGCAUAUCCAACCUGAGUUGGCAAAAGUGGAUGUGAACGAGUUUCCUGUACUUAAAGCGGACGCAAUAAAGCUGAUAAUGACGUUUAGAUCGAUACUGCCGCACGAAAUGGUAGUAGGCAGUUUACCGCACUUAAUCAGACACCUAAGCGCCAACAGCAUCGUCGUACACAGUUACGCCGCUUGUGCGAUUGAGAAGAUAUUGGCGAUGAGAGCAGCUGACAAUUCAUCCAUAGUCAAAGGAGCCGGUCUGGCACCACUGGCGGCAGACUUGCUGAAGGGACUUUUCGCGUGUCUAACGAUGGCGGGCUCCGAGGAGAACGAGUACGUAAUGAAAGCCAUCAUGAGAAGCUUCAGUAUUCUGCAGGAAGCCGUGAUGCCGUUCCUGGCCGACCUGCUUCCAAAGCUCACCGAAAUUCUCGCGGUUGUCUCGAGGAAUCCAAGCCGGCCGAAUUUCAACCACUACCUCUUCGAAACUUUAAGUUUGUCCAUUAAAAUCGUCUGUAAAACGAAUCUCGAAGCGGUGUCGUCCUUCGAGCAAGCGCUGUUUCCCAUUUUCCAGGGAAUUUUACAACAGGACAUACCGGAAUUUAUUCCUUACGUUUUCCAAAUUCUCGCGCUGCUUCUGGAGCUACGACCUCAAAAUGUGCCAGAACCGUACAUGGCUCUGUUCCCGUGUCUCCUAACGCCCGUACUGUUCGAACGCCAAGCUAAUAUCCACCCCUUGAAUCGUUUGCUGCAAGCGUUCAUUAGUCACGGCUCGCAGCGAAUCGUGGAAGAAGAAAAGACGAGUUCGCUGCUGGGAGUCUUUCAAAAGUUAAUUGCAUCGAAAGCGAACGAUCACGAAGGAUUUCUGCUAUUACAGAGCAUUAUCGAAUACUUUGCACCGAACACUUUAGAACCAUACAUGAAACAAAUCUUCGUGCUGCUCUUUCAAAGACUCUCGUCGUCGAAAACGACGAAAUUUGUAAAAGGUUUCAUAAUAUUCUGCGCGCACUACAUCAUCAAGUAUGGAUCGUCAAGCUUGAUAACGAUUAUCGAUCAAAUACAGCCACAAAUGUUCGGAAUGGUAGUGGACCGUGUGUUCAUAACUAAUCUGCACAAGAUAUCGGGCGAGAUAGAACGUAAAGUAGCGGCUGUCGGACUCUCAAAUCUGCUGAUCGAUUGUCCGGCGAUGCGCGAGGCUCCGUACGACUCGUACUACGCCCGCUUGCUAAUUGUGUUAGUGGCGUUCUUCGAGAUGCCGCAGGAUCAGAGCGCGAUACCGGAAGAGGACGUGCUCCCGGAGUUCGAUGAUGCGGUCGGAUACCAAGUGGGUUACAGUCAACUGAUUUGUGCGAGAACGUCACGGAAAGAUCCCUUGCAAAACAUCGGUGACGUGCGUUUCCACUUGAUACAAGGCCUCGGUCGAUUACCGUCGGAACAUUUGUCAAGGUUGCUGGGCCACGUUCCCGAGCCGGAUGCGAAACACUUAAGAGACUACUUCCAAACAGCUGGUAUCACUAUUGCAUAAUACAAACUAGAUGUCCUAAACAGAUUGAAAGUUCACCUAAUAGCUCGGAAGAUGAACAAUAUUGAAUUGAAUAAAUUGUAAGUAGAGGAAGACCUUUUUAUACAAUUAUAUAUACACAUUUUGUGAAGCUCGCCAUGUUCGCUAUAAACAUGCAUUAAAUCCGCCAAACGACUGAUGUUCAAUAAAUAUGUGGUUUAUUUCUGUU